AUGACUCUCGCUUACUUCGCCUUCGAUUCUGGGUGCCACGUGGAGAACCGUCGUCAAGCAGCAGUUGCAUCGGUGCGUCACUUGCACGCGCUGGCGAGCUGCCACUCCACAACCUCCUAUGGGCAACCUCCUCGUGACCGAGUGACGGCCGACUCGACAUUCCUGAGUACUGGCCUGGACUACGCGGGACCCAUUUCUAUCCGGACCAGCAAAGACGCGGACACCGCUCACAGAAGGGACAUUGCAGUCUUCAUAUGUUUCUGGUCAAAGGCUAUCCAUCUCGAGGUCGUCUCGGAUUACAACUCCGAGGCCUUCAUCGCCGCCUUACGCCGCUUCGUCUCUCGCAGAAGUCUGUGCACGGACAUCUACAGCGACUGCGGCACAACAUUUAUUGGCGCCGAUCGCACGCUACGUGAGCUUUUCAAGGCGUCGACCUCCGAGGGCCAUCACAUCGCCCGCGCCGCCAGCACUCAGGGGAUCCGCUGGCAUUUUAAUCCGCCAGCGGCUUCUCACUUCGGUGGUCUUUGGGAGGCUGCCCUCUACAGACGAUCCAGACGACACUUCGGCGCUCACACCAGACCCACUUUAUCAUCGGAGCACCGUUACUCGCGGUACCUGAGCCUCGCUGACGGGUCAAUCAACCUCCACGCUGUCACGCUGGCGUCACCUGCAGUUGAUGCGAGACCAUUUUUGGCAGCGGUGGUCGGCUGA